AAUAAAUCCAGCUUCUAAUCUUUUUUUAUAAAAACAUUAGAUCUCAAUCACAAGCCUUGUAAAGUAUAUCCUUACAAAAUGUAUCCAACAAACGGGUCUUUUCUAGCAGGACGCCAGCUUUCCCUCGUUCACCACCAGACGGCAUUGGAGCGCUUACCAGCAUCAGCAGCACUUCCAAGCGCUGCAGGAAGAUACAGAUCAGGAACUAUUGGUGGCUCGCUGCUUAGUGGUGUAGCCAGCAAACACAGCCUAAUCAUGGAUCUCAUGAGUGAAAAUAGACGAGCACCUACAACUGACGCGACCAAUCGCGAUGGAAAUGCUCGUCUUGGCACAUCUCAACAAUCUAGAUAUAGCCAACCAGAAAAAAAAGUGAAACGUGUCAAACAGCCUGCUGCUGAAUCCAAAAAAAUGCUGUUUGCAAUCAAUGACAGUAACAAGCAGGUCUCUGAGUCCAAAAUAGAUGAUUCAAGUGAAUCUAUUGUUACCUCAAAAUCGAGUAUAAUUGAAGGCGUUUUGCUGAUAGACAACGGAUCAAGCACGUUAUUAGAAUCUGGCAUUAGUCCCAAAAAAAAUACAUUUACCAAUGCAAGAUUCCUACCCAAAGGUAAAAUGAUGAAACAUUCAAAAACCAAAAUGGCAUUCGAAAUAUUAGACAUUGCAGCAAAACCCAAAUUACCUAAAAAUCCAAAACCUCAAUCCUAUACAAGCCUGGAUUCUGUUAUGCCAUCUAUACGGUCAAUUUCAACACAACCAUUGUUGGCAGAGACUUCUACAUUGACAACCGAAUCGAAAAAAUACAAAUCUGCACCAGUUUUGUUGACUCGUAUAUUGAGCUCACCAGAUUUACAAGAAACUCAACACUUGUCUGACUUGUAUAAUCAGCAACACGUAAGUGCACCACAUCUCACCCUUUUACCAGAACAGACCAAACUUAAAAGUCAAGAGUCGGGAAUAGAGCAAGAGAGCACAGUCAUUAGACCUCUAUUAUCCAACUCACGCAGUCAAUCAAAAUCACUGUGUUCUGGGAUUGAAUCAAAAGCAAAAUGGUCACCAAAAGAAGCAAUGACCUGGGCAUGUUCAUCAAUCAUCAAUACCGAGAUAGCACAGUCGCGAAAAGCUUUAAAAAUGAUUCGGAAAAGAUCGACGAACAAGCAAAUUCAGAAAUGGUAUAGUGUGCCUCAAGCUGCUCUCACAAAAAAACCUUUUUCUGGAAAAAACAAUCCAAUACGACAAACUCCUUCAACUCCAGAUAUUCAUUCUGAAAUUGAAAUGGGUGCACUAUUGGAAAAAAUGAAGUCGCUUGGUACAAUCAAGAGCCAAAGAGAUUUAAAAAAACGUUUACAAGACCACGCGGAUCAUUUAAUCAAGCAUGAGGAAGCACACAAACAGCAGAAAGAGCAGUCAGAACAAAAAAAAGGCAAGGAGCAGGCAUGGAAAGAGUUUUUACAGCGGCGGGCAGAGGUUCACGGGUUGAAUCAAACUCUUCAGAGCUUGUUUGAAUCUGUACAACUUGGCCAUCAUUAUCCAAAACAGGUGCACGCGGAUGGUGAGAUUAACUCUCCUACAAUCGAGCGUGAGAUUGAUAGUCUGUCGCAAAGUAAUGGCGAGUUUUCAAAUUUAAUAAACCGUGUAUGAUUAUUUCAAA